AUGGCGGACGCUGGGGUAACGGGGGUGGUGGCCAAGCUGGGUGAGCUAGCGGCGGAGGAGGCGACGGCGCUGCUGCGCGUGGACGCCGAGAUCCGGGCGCUGCGCCGGAAGCUGGCCUAUCUGCAGGCUCUCGUCCGCGGGGCCGACCGCCAGCGCCGCGGCCGCGCAAGCGAGCUGCUCCUGCUCUGGCUGCGCGAGACCAGGGAGGUCGCCUUUGAGGUCGAGGACGCCGUCGAUGAGUUCCACCUCCGCGUAGAGACCUGCCGCGUCGGGGCCCGGUGGCGCCGGCGACGCAGAUGGUGGUGGGGCUGGCACCGCGACGCUGUCAGCCUCGUCCAGGCCCUCGCCACGCAGAUUUUUGUACGUCAUGGGCUGUCAAAUCAAAUAUCUAAGAUCAAUGAAAGGAUUGAGGAACUUAACCAGAACAAGGAAACCUAUCAAAUUGAAAGUUCUCCUUCUAAAAUUUGGAGUUCAUCGUCAGUUGAAGUGGAUCCUGAGUGGUACGAGGAUAAAUAUGUUAUAGGCUCUAGAGAAAGUGAAUUUGCUAUCCUUAAGGACCUAAUCAUCAACAAAGAGGGAGAUAUUUCUCACCAGGCUGUCAUCUCAAUUUUGGGGGAGCGUGGCAUUGGAAAGACUACACUUGCAAAAAAGCUGUACAAUGACCCAGAUAUCAUAAAACACUUUGAGGUCCAUGCAUGGGUAUGUCUUCCACCACAUAUCAGGUUCAGGGACUACAUUGAGAUUAUGUACAUGCAGGUCAGCUCACAGGUUCCAGAAACUCCUGAGAAAAAUGAUAGUACAACAUCUGCACCUGGUAAUGAAGAAACCACCGAUAUGGAAUUCAAACUUUGGCAGAACCUUGAGAACAGGAGGUACCUAGUUGUUCUUGAUGGUUUAGUCAGCAUUAGUGACUGGAACUCGUUAUUUGCCGUGCUGCCACAUACCAAUGGCAGCCGGAUCUUACUCACCACACAUCUCAAUGUGAAGGAAAUCAAUCACAUUGACCCACAGAUAGCUCCCAUUAAGCUUCCUUAUCUUGACGUAAAACAUGGAGAGGAGUUAUUUUGUCAACGAGUUUUUGGGACAAUAGAGCCUCCACAAAUUUAUAGGAGCAAGGGUUACUAUAAAAAUGUUCACAAUAUAUCAACAGGUCUACCCCUGGCAAUUACUGUGCUUGCAGGAAUAUUACGAUCAAAGUUGAUUCCCAUGGAGUGGGAUGUCAUAUUUGAACAACUCGAGUCCAAUGGCCAGCCAAAACCAGUUAGAAGCAUAUGGUCUUUGGCUUUUGAUGACUUGCCACACUACCUUAAGUCAUGUUUCCUAUACUUCGCGUCCGUUUCAGAAAAUGUCAUUCUUUACCCAGAUCGUUUGGUGCGUCUGUGGAUUGCUGAAGGUUUUGUUAUGCCAAAGAAGGCAGAAACACUGGAGGAUGUUGGGUUUGACUAUCUAAAAGAACUGGUUGCAAGAGGGUUAGUGCAGGUCAUGGAGAAGGAUGCUGGUGGAUCCAUCAAGCUGGUAGCCAUCCACAAUCUGCUCCAUGCUUUUGUGGAGUCUGAAGCACAGGACUCUAGUUUCCUUGAAAUCCACCAUCAUGCUAAUGUUGUAAACCCAAAUGCAGUGCGGCGCCUUGCCAUACAAAACUAUGUGGAUGCAUAUGUCCACAUACCUAAUGUCUUCCCCAAGCUGCGUUCUCUUCUGUGUGAUUUUGCAGAAGACCAACGCAGUAGCUCAAGCUUUGGAGAGCUGCAACCUCAGUCGUUAUGGGGCAAUCUUGCAGAGUUGUGUUCAAGAGCCUGUGGCAUUUCGGAGAAUGUUAGCUCAAACACAUUGCAUGGACUCCACUUCUUACAGGGCUCCAGAUUCCUACGAGUUGUUGACCUAAACGGUCUUAAGAUGCAAAAGCUGCCAGAUGAGAUCGGCAACAUAAUCCACUUGAGGUACCUUGGUAUUAGGAACAGCAACUUGGAGGAACUCCCCUCAUCCAUCUAUAAGCUUGACAAUCUCCAGACGUUGGACGUAAGGAAAACAAAUGUGGGGAAAAUUGUCGAUGAGUUUUGGGACAUCGAAGCACUACGGCAUGUGCUUGCUGAGAAAAUGCUUUUGCCCAAUUGUUCAGUUCCCUUGAAUAAUUUGAUGACACUCAAUGGUGUGGUGCCUUGUAGUUCGUGGGAUGAAAAGAACUGCCCCUUGAACAAUAUGAUUUAUCUCCGAUCAUUGUCUCUGUCUGGCAUUUCAGCAGCCCAUACUAUCGCACUUUCAGCAGCUCUGAGGAAAAUGGAAUUCCUUUUGUACCUGAACUUGUCAGGUGAAUUUCUUCCAUCUAGCAUGUUCACCACCUCAAGCAUGCGCCGUCUCCAGGCCCUCAUCCUGCAUGGUAAGCUACAAGGGAUUAAUGAUCUGCCGAGUGGCCGCUAUGUCCUACCAAACCUUACCAUGCUCUAUUUGCAUAAAUCUGAAGUGUCACAGCAGUUUGUGCACAAGCUUGCUACACUGCCAUGCCUUGUUGAGAUGGAGCUGUCAGCUGUUUCAUACAGUGACACGACACUGUUCUUCGACGGAUUCCCGAGCCUUGCAAGACUGAAGCUUGAGAACGUGUCUAUGUUAAAGGAGCUAGUGAUAGGCAAAGGGGCCAUGCCAAUGCUUUCCAUCUUAGCCAUGUAUGAUUGUGACAGCCUGAAGACCUUUAAGGCCUUGAAUGGCUUGGAACACCUCCAAGAAGUGGCAAUCUACAAUAUGCCGGAGAUUGUUGAUAACAUAAAGCUUCAGGACGAGAAGCUUUUCAGCAAUAUCAAAUGCCUGACUACCCCCAGGAUGGUAACAGACCGAGGAGGCUUUCCAGGUCGUUUUGUCAGAAUGUUGGGUCGACCGGAUCAUGUACUACGUGUCGCAAUGGCUUCUGAAUCACGUUGCAGUGACAUGUAG